GGAAACACACCAAAUUGAUUAUUCAGAAAUGGAUAUCAGUUCAACAUCAGCCUUGGACAUCAGUAUGGCUUCAGAACCUGUCUCAGAAACUUCAGCUGAUCCUGCUGACUCCAGUUUUCUUCCUGACACAAGCCCCUCCACCUAUACCACAGGAAGCUCAGCAAGCAUUCCUGGACAAUUUAGAGGAUGGUAAGAGAGGAAGUGGCUGGUUAAUGAGUCCAAACUCAUGGAACUAUUCCAAAAAUGCACUUUUUGUGGAGCUGCAAUGUGUGAUGUGAACCAAACUGUGAAAACAUAUGGCAGCAGGAUCAGAGUCGCAUGGCAAUGUAACAGUGGACACACUGGAGAUUAAGAAUCAUGCCCAACUGUCCGUGGAAUGGCGGAGAACAACCUGCUAGCAGCAGCAGCAACACUCUUCACUGGUGCUACUUACACAGACAUUGCUGAUUGGGCAGGGCUUUUGAACCUUCAGCUGCCCCAGAAAACCACCUACUAUAGCAUACAGUCCAGCUACCUGAUUCCGGUUAUAGCAGAAAAUUACAAGAAGCAGGAGGACACUAUAAGAGCAAGACUCAUCUGCCAGACUCUAGAUGGUGAGGAAGUGCAGAUCUGCAGAGAUGGGAGAUGUGAUAGCCCAGGCCAUUCCUGCAAAUACACAACUUAUUCCUUCAUGGAUGACUCCACCAAUCAAAUAGUAACAUUUGAGUUGAUUCAGGUGACCCAGGCCAAAAGUUCUGUUGCGAUGGAGCCAAUGGGUUUCAAGAAAGGAUUGGAAAAGCUCCUAGAUGAAGGGAUCGAUGUAAAGGUUGUCACAACCGACAGACAUCCCUCUAUCAGGAAAAUAAUGAGGGAGGAUUUUCCAAAUAUAGAAGACCAGUUUGAUCCAUGGCAUACCGCAAAAGGAAUCAAAAAGAAAAUGGUUUUGGCAUCCAAUCGCAAGAACUGCAUGGACCUGGCACCUUGGAUAAAGAGUGUGAGCAAUCACAUGUGGUGGGGCUGUAGCUCAUCAAAAGGAGAUCCAAAGGAAUUGCUGAGACGAUAGAAGUCAAUUCUACAUCAUAUCUGUGGGGUCCAUCGCUGGGAAGAAGAUGGGAUGGAACACAAAUGCUACCACACUGAUCUGCCAGCAGACGAGCAAAGGAAGAAGACUAACUGAAAAGGCACAAA